AAAAUGCUCCUUUUUUCUGCAAAGUCAUUUGGUUCUCUUGUUUGGCAAUUCUUCUUCACAUGAUCUUUGUGAUGGAAUCAAGGAAAUGGCAGGUCAAAACAAAAAGUUGUGACCAGGUUUACUAUACAGAAUGCUUAGAACCAUUGGCAUCGUUGAAUAUUAAAAUAACGAAGCAAGUUCGGGUCCGUUCAAUCAUCGAGUGCGGACAACUUUGUGGAACCCAUAACUUUUGCGAGGCUUUCCUACACAGCAUUAACAAAGAAGACGGAAACUGUCGACUGCUGAAUGGAAUACCCGAGAGAGAAAUAGGAUUGAUUGAAAAUGUGGUCGAAGAGAAGUGGAGACUCUACAUUUCAAUGAAGGUAAUGAGACAAACUAUUAUAUAAGUGUGCCAUCUACAUUGGUUAGCUAUCCUGGACCACCACAGCCCAUAAAUUUUAUAUCUGCCUGUGUUUGGUAUUACGGAAGUGGGAGAGAGAACCAUGAAAUCUUUUCAUACAACUCAUCAAAGGAAUUUAGGUUUCAGUUUAAGUCAGGAACACAACUGUUCACGAAAAUUAAUGGUGUUUCGAGUCAGAAGUAAGCACUUGCAACACUUGUCAGAGACUGUAGUAUGUAUGUGCUCCGGUUUCAAGAUUAGAUUACAAUCCUGAUAAAGACAUUAGAAUCUGGUAUAAAAGAACUCUAUAUUCAGCAUUAGAUCACUUUGGAUAAAGACAAUGGCUGAGUCAACGUUAGGCAAAAUAAAUUAGAAAAGCCAAUUGGUUUGUACGAUUUUGAUCUUUCGAAAUUCAUAACCAAUGGUAUUGUUGUAUGUAUGUU